AUGGCAUCGAUCUUGCCGAUAAUAACCUUCAAGGCUGGUAUCUGUGAUGCAGACGUUCGUUACCCAGUCUCCAUGCCGCAGACCCCGACCUCCAGCAAGCCUUACAAGAUCAAGCCGCAGCCGAACCCCGGCUACAUCUACCUCUACUCAGAAGAUGAUUUGAUCCACUUCUGCUGGCGAGAGCGUAGUGCCGCCUUGGACAACCCCGAUCUCGACCUCGUCAUGGUGCCCAUGGAUGGUGAAUUCGUUGCCCAUACCGCCGAUGAUCAACCUUCAGCAAAGACCAACGGUCGUAUCUUCGUCCUCAAGUUCGGAUCCUCCUCUCAGCGACACUUCUUCUGGCUCCAGUCCAAGCCUCAGUCGCGCAACGGGGACCCCAGCUGGUUCAGCCCCCGCGACAAGAAGAUUGGCGAGAUCGUCAAUGCGCUCCUCCAGGGCGAGGAAGUCAAUGUUGGCCGAGAGCUCGCGCAAGUCCGCAACACCGACAACAGACGGGACGAUGACGACGACGAGACGAUGGAAGAUGCCGAGGGACAUGGAGACCGGAGCGACCAGACCCGAGGAGGCAGUGGCGGUGCUGGACCUGACGCUACAGGCGGCGAUAUCCGGGAAGAGGGCGAGAAUGCCAGAGAGGGCGGAGGCGAUGGAGCACGAGCCGCCGCCGGUGGCUCCAACACAGAUGCGGAUGCUGCUGUUCGGAAUUUCCUGGAGUCAUUACGAGGCAACGCCGGCCUAGGUGGAUCUCAGCAAGGCGGACAGCAACAACACGCCGACAAGCUCUACCCGUACCUCAGCCACCUUCUCCCGAACGAGAUCACCAUUCCGAUGCUUCGAUCAGCCUCAGAGGAGUAUAUUGACAGCCUCUUGAGCUUUUUGCCACCCGCGAUCCUUGUCCUUGCCACGGAAUCCGAUGACUUGGGUGACUCAGAGCCCACCGCAGAGGCAGCUGCGGCGGCUAAGGCUACUUUGAGCCUGGCGGAGAAGAAGAGCUUACUGGAGAGAGUCCUCAGAAGCCCACAGUUCCAUCAAGCACUCGGAAGCUUGACCAUGGCGCUUCGGGAUGGCGGCCUUCCUACCAUUGCGGGAGCACUCAACGUCAAGGUGCCCAAUGGCGGCUAUAUGAGGGGCGGUGCCAUGCCCUUGGGCGGCGGCGAGGCCGUUGAGGCUUUCGUUGAGAGCAUCAAGUCAACGGUCAAGGAGAAGAAGCAGGGUUAA